AUGAACCCUUUAAACCCUUUACUACAGAUUGAAGUGGAACCUACAUCAGACAACGAUGAGGUGGAGGAUUCAGAAGAUGAAUUUGAGGAGAUGAACCUGUCUCUGCUGUCGGCCCGUAACUUCCCCCGCAAGGCCAGCCAGACAUCCAUCUACCUCCAGGAGUGGGACAUCCCCUUCAAACAGCUGGAGAUCGGAGAACUCAUCGGGAAAGGUCGCUUCGGGCUAGUGUUCCACGGGCGCUGGCAUGGUGAGGUGGCCAUCCGCCUCAUCGACAUCGAGCGGGACAACGAGGACCAGCUGAAGGCCUUCAAGCGGGAGGUGAUGGCCUACCGUAACACCCGACAUGAGAACGUAGUCCUCUUCAUGGGUGUCUGCAUGAGCCCUCCACACCUGGCCAUCAUCACCAGCUUGUGUAAGGGAAGGACCCUGUAUUCGGUGGUGAGGGAUGCCAAAGUCAUCCUGGAUGUCAACAAGACCAGACAGAUCGCCCAGGAGAUGGUUAAGGGAAUGGGCUAUCUUCACGCCAAGGGGAUCCUACACAAGGACAUGAAGUCCAAGAAUGUUUUCUAUGACAACGGCAAAGUGGUCAUCACCGACUUCGGACUCUUCACCAUAUCUGGGGUUCUGCAAGCCGGCAGCCGUAGAGAGGACAAGCUGAGGAUCCCCAGUGGAUGGUUGUGUCACCUGGCCCCUGAAAUAGUCUCUCAGCUCUCCCCGGAAACAGAGGAGGACAAGCUGCCUUUCUCCAAACAGUCAGACGUCUUUGCUUUCGGCACUAUCUGGUACGAGUUGCAUGCACGUGAGUGGCCUUAUAAGAACCAGCCAGCAGAAGUUAUCAUCUGGCAGGUGGGCAGCGGACUGAAACCCAAUCUCACACAGAUCGGUAUGGGCAAAGAGAUAUCGGACAUCCUGCUCUUCUGCUGGGCGUUCGAGCAAGAAGAGAGGCCCAGUUUCUCCAAGCUGGUGGAUCUGCUGGAAAAGUUGCCAAAACGGAACCGCCGCCUUUCCCACCCAGGGCACUUCUGGAAGUCAGCUGAGUGCAGUUGACCGUGACCCUCUGAGCCUAGACUUCUCAACGUCCUCUGAACUCAUAUUUUGGGUUUAUUGUUUAAUCACAUGGAAGAUGUGUUUUAUUUCAUUACUCAAAUGACCUGUUCAGUUUGUUGGUUGGUUUCAUUAUUCUGGAAUGUAUUUUUCUCAAUGUCACUUGUUUUAAUGAGAGGUUUUUUGUGUGUCAUGUCUCACUUCAUUGUGUACGGAAAAUGCAUCAGAAUGAACUAGUUUUUAGAAUGAAUGUAAUUAUGUAAUGAAUUGUGAAAUGUACAUUUUUAAGUAAUUGUUUUGCCAUUUCCUGUCUGUCAACUGUGUUUGUCAUUUGUCAGUGUACCUCAUGGUCUCUUGUGUUUGUGUUCUCCACAUGUUAGUCUCAAAGCUUCAUUUUAAAGUCAUUAUUCACUAUUGAAUGUGAAGAAUCCACUGGUAGGAAACUGCUUUGAUUAUUGCCUGUGAACACUGUUGAGGAUGCGUAAAAAAAAAAAUGGCAUCCUAUUCCCUACACGGACCUGUCAAAAACGUCAAAGGUAGUGCACUAGAUGGGAAAUAGGGUGCGAGAUGUUUGAACAACAGCCUUUUUUCUCAGCUCUGGGUCAUUCAGUAGAAGACCUAGACUGACUGACUAGAAAUCUCUCACACUAAUGUGAAAACGCUGACACUUCAAAUGUAUCUCAUUACUUAGUAGAAAUGUGCUUCAACACCUUGGACAAAUGCUGUCACUGAGAAGUAGGUGUAUAGUGGUUACUUUGGUGUUUUAACGCAGAAAAGGAAAAGACAAAACAAAAAAGAGAUGUAUAGCCAGCUAGCUAAGGUCACUACCUACGUACAUUAAUAAUGAUGACACAAUCCAUUCACUUCAGGAAUUUGUCAGCCCUAUAAUUGAUAAAGCACUUUCUGUUCAGAUACCAUAACAGACACCAUCUAGUAACACGACUCUGUCCAUGACCUGGCCUUUUCUAUCAUAUAUUUCACAGCGAUAUUUGAAAUCUAAGCAAGCUAGAGUGCAGUCAGAUUGUGUCUCAGUAAGAACUGUAAAGCUACUGCCAUGGGCUCUGUACAGCCAUGGCUUAGAUGCAGACAAUCCAAUCCUGUAUAAAGCCCUUUCUACAACACUAUAUUAUACAGUAAAAUAUGUUGGAAAUGCAUACAAACAAAUUGCUGCUGUUUUUUUGGAGUACAUCUGUCUAUUUUGGAAUUACUGGAAAUCAGAUAUUGUACGUGGGUCAUUUAUAUUUGUACUGUUUACAACUUUUAAGUGCAUGAAAUGGACUACAAAGGAUCUAUUCUCGUUAUUACGAUACAAAGUUGACUCUUUCAGCUCUGCAGUAAGUAUAUGAUCCCUGGGGUAUUUUCUGAUGGAACUGUUGUCAGCGUAGGAUCACCAACCAAUACGACAGUUAGUGAGACGAUAUAGCCUGCUUUGUAAAAAAAGGAAAUGUUCAAAAGCGAUGUUUAAGAGAAUGAUUGUAAUAUUAUAUUUGCACAGUAUAAUCGUGAAGAGAAAUAACUAAUUGUGCUGGAAAAAAAACAAAUCAACAGAAAAACCAAUCAACAUUUAGUGAAAAAUGUACAGUGGCUAGUGAAAGUAUUCACCCCCUUGGCAUUAUCCCUAUUUUGUUGCCUUAUAACCUGGAAUUCAAAUGGAUUUCUGAGGGGUUUGUAUCAUUUGAUUUACACAACUACCACUUUGAAGAUGCAAAAUAUUUUGUCUUGUGAAACAAACAAGAACUUAGACAAAAAAAAAAUCUGAAAACUUGUGCAUAACUAUUCACCCCCCCAAAGUCAAUACUUUUUAGAGCCACCUUUUGCAGAAAUUACAGCUGCAAGUCUCUUGGGGUAUGUCUCUAUAAGCUUGGCACAUCUAGCCACUGGGAUUUUUGUUCAUUCUUCAAGGCAAACCUGCUCCAGCUCCUUCAAGUUGGAUGGGUUCCAUUGGUGUACAGCAAUCUUUAAGUUAUAGCACAGAUUCUCAAUUGGAUUGAGGUCUGGGAAUGGCCUAGUCAAAGCCAAUACAUUUAAAUGUUUCCCCUUAAACCACUCGAGUGUUGCUUUAGCAGUAUGCUUAGGGUCAUUGUCCUGAUGGAAGGUGAACCUCCGUCCCAGUCUCAAAUCUCUGGAAGACUGAAACAGGUUUUCCUCAAGAAUUUCCCUGUAUUUAGCACAAUCCAUAAUUUAUUCUAUUCUGACCGGUUUCCCUGUCCCUGCCGAUGAAAAACCUCUCCACAGCAUGAUGCUGCCACCGCCAUGCUUCACUGUGGGGAUGGUGUUCUCGGGGUGAUGUGAGGUUUUGGGUUUGCACCAGACAUCGCGUUUUCCUUGAUGGCCAAAAAGCUCAAUUUUAGUCUCAUCUGACCAGAGUACCUUCUUCCAUAUGUUUGGGGAGUCUCCCACAUGCCUUUUGGCAAACACAAAACGUGUUUGCUUAUUUUUUUCAUGAAGUAUUGGCUUUUUUCUGGCCACUCUUUCGUAAAGCCCAGCUCUGUGGAGUGUACGGCUUAAAGUGAUCCUAUGGACAGAUACUCCAAUCUCCGCUGUGGAGCUUUGCAGCUCCUUCAGGUUUAUCUUUGGUCUCUUUGUUGCCUCUGAUUAAUGCCCUCCUUGCCUGGUCUGUGAGUUUUGUUGGGCGGCCCUCUCUUGGAAGGUUUGUUGUGGUGCCAUAUUCUUUCCAAUUUUUAAUAAUGGAUUUAAUGGUGCUCCGUGGUAUGUUCAAAGUCUCGGAUAUUUUUUUUACAACUCAACCCUGAUGUAUAGUUCUCCACAACUUUGUCCCUGACCUGUUUGGAGAGCUCAUUGGUCUUCAUGGUGCCACUUGCUUGUUGGUGCCCCUUGCUUAGUGGUGUUGCAGUUUAGAUUUUUUAUUUAUUUUUUGAAAUAAGUCAUUUUUAAAAUUUCACUCCACCGAUUUGGACUAAUUUGUGUAUGUCCAUUACAUGAAAUAAAAAUUAAAAUCCAUUUAAAUUACAGGUUGUAAUGCAACAAAAUUGUAAAACACCUAGGGGGAUGAAUACUUUUGCAAGGCACUGUAGACCUCGUUUUAUCGUCAGUUGCCGUAAAUCAAUAUUCCAUGUGAACUCACUACAGCAGUUUUGGUGUACAGGAUUUAUUACUUUAUGAAUGUAUGUAUUGUGUUGUGGUUUUGUGGUAUAUUUUUGUUCAUUCAGAUUUAUUUUUCUCCAUAUACCUUCCUAUAUUACGUAAGCGUUGAUGUUUAUUUUCUGAUUCAAGCCUUGUAUUGUAGAGUAUAGCUCCAAAAGCUUGUAUUUAUCAAUGCCUUGUGGUCCAUGGCUCAGUGACUGGUAGAUUCAUCAGAAGCUCUUUAUUUGCACUCAUCUUCUACGAAAAAGUAUGCCAAUAAAAAUGUUUUCAUUUUGAA